AUGGGUGUAAUCGCCGUCCGUCUAUUCAUCACGAUUCUCCUCCUUUUCCAUCAAAUUUCAUCGUCCAUUCAACAAAGCGGUCAAGUGGAUCAAUUCACACCUCCGAAUGAUCGAGGUGAGAUUCUGUCUCGUGAUCGUCGUACUUUGAACUGUAAAAAGGAUUGUCCGGAAACCGUUCUCUUGGGAUCUUGUCAAAGAAAUCUGAAUCAAACCCAACAAAAACUCGUCGAGGCCCGAGGAAAAAUCAGCGGACUCGAGAGGGAAAUCGCAAGAGAGCGGAACGAAACGAAGGACAAAGACGUCGAGAUGAGUCGAUCGACAGCAAAAAUGGCUCAAAUCGAGGCGAAUUUAAUGGGGAGAAUCGCCGAGAUGAAAAGGAAGAACGACGAUCUCGAAGCACAAUUAAGAACUCAAAAUACGGAAGUGAGAGACGGGAAAGCCAGGAUUGGAGAGCUCGAAGGGAAAAUCAACGCAUUGCAGAGCAAGAACUCUGACCCGGAAACCCAAAUAAAUCGAACCAUGAAUUUCUUGGAUCUGUAUCGGGAUGGAUGGUCGUAUUUGGCAAAAACCGCUUCUUGGUACAAGGUUAUCGAUCAAGAUAUGAGAUUUGCUCAAGCCGAGGCAUAUUGUGCGAGUCGAAAGAGCCAUUUAGUCUCAAUUCACAGUCAGGAAGAGAACGAUUUUGUUGAGAAACUUGCGAAAGCUGUUAAUUCGAAUUAUGUGUUCUGGAUCGGACUGAAGAGAAAUCCAAACAAAGGAGAUGCUUUUGAAUGGACGGAUGGAAGUUCGGUGAAUUUCACGAAUUGGAAUGAAAGACGCUCGAAUUCGGACACCCACGCUUUUCUUGAUCGCUACGAGGGGAAAUGGGUGGCAUAUUCUCAUCCCUCUCAGCCUCGUUUUAUCUGCAAAAGGAGCUCU